AAUACGGCAACCUAUGAGAUUCAAGUAUUGGACAAGGAAGACUUUUGUCAACAAUACAUCUUACCUCUCCAAGCAGAAUACCAACUCCCAACUCUAGCCCCAUCGGCGGUAAGGGUACGGACGCAGACGCUGUCGCUAACCGUCAAUAACGCCACUUACGCAAAGCUGGGCAGUCACUUUAGGUGGUGGGACGUUCACCCUUUGCCGGCCGCCAUUCCAAAGGGCAUUUCUAACCCGCAGAGAUACGGACGAAUAUCAGCUUGGGGAUUCGCUCGAGUUAUUGAAAGCAAUUACCACCAAUUACCGGUAAACAGUGUGAUUUACGGUUACCUUCCUAUCGGGACUCUCCCGGUCGACCUGCAGCUUUCCCCAUCCAAGGACGAAAAACAAGUACUGGAGGUCAGCCCGCAUCGAAGCCAUGUGCUGCCGAUAUAUAAUCGAUACUUGAUAUUCUCUGCCUCAGAAAUCGCCAGCUCGUCCCGAUAGUCCCGGGGGUGGAGCUCCCUGAUACGACCACUCUUCCAAACAUCUUGGAUGCUCAACACAUUCCUCUUUGCCGGGGACGAAUCCCUCCUGGUCAAACCGUCUCAUCAAGCAUCCCCUUGGACUAUCCAAGAUGCAGACAUCACAGGCGCGAUUGUUAUACUGCUCUCUGCUUCUGGAAAGACCGCAUUGACUCUGGCGCACCAGCUUCGGCGGUCUCGUCACCCUUCACUGCAGCCUCAGAAGGUCGUUGGAGUCACCUCUAAGCGUUCGCUGGCCUUCACAAAGACUACAGAAUUUCACGAUGAAGUUGUCCAUUAUGAAGCGGCGACUCCGGAGCUCCUGGGCGAUAUUAGCAUUAGUUCAUGUUCGAAAGUCGUCCUAUGUGACUUCGGCUCCCGUGGUAACAGCUUCCGGACCUGGGUUGAACUGCUCAAGCCCGCCUGCAAAUCUCUUAUCCUACUUGGUAUCGGGGAUACACCUCAGGUGGAGUCGCAGGACGCUCUGCAAAACAAGUUUAUCCAAGGCGCUUCUUUAGGCAAAAUCCAAGUGAAUGCGUCGGAUCUUUCAGAUAUGGCAAUGACGUUGAUUGGAGAGGAAAGAUAUUGGCAAAGGCUUGAAGAAGAUUGGAGGGAGAUUUUGGAAACAGGGGCACUUCCUGGUGUAUCUCUGGAAUGGGGUUCUGGGAUGAGUUCAGUGGAGAAGGUAUGGAGCAUGCUUUGCAGUGAUGAGAUUGAUAGCAGGAAGGGCUACGUCAUCGAAUUAUAGGAAUGAAG